GACAAAAUGGAAUACAUAACAGACAGUGUAAUUUAAUCUUGUUUGGUUUGAGUAGUGUCAGAAGUAUACCAUCUUCUGCAACACUGUGAAUUUAUUGACAGGAAGGAAAUGUUGUUUGUAUUUUCUCAAUAAAUUUUUUUGUCUACGAUGCACAGAGGGGCAAUAGAGAAAACAUAAUGAUUAAUGGUGUAAGUUCAAAGACCUCUCAAUUCAGUGGAAUAUGCACGUAGACAACAAAAAUAUGGAUAUACAUUGAUUAGUGGAAAUGGUAUAUUAUGAGAUGAUAAUGUUAUUUUAUGAGAUAAAAAUUUAUAUUUUGAGAUAAAUGAUACUGCUUUUCUUUUUUCUAGGAAUGAUUUUUACAAAAAUUGAUCAAAGAAGGAAAGAUGACUACAAAAGAGAUGAAAAAUCUUAAAGAAAGAAAGUUCAUCAUCAUCGUCAUCGUCACAGGAUUAAUUUUUUCACUAUUGACAUUUUUAUCAGUGGUAAAAUAUAUCACAAACUGUUCCAGCCAUGUAGAGGUUAACAGGAUUGACAAUUUUCUCAAAGACAUUACAGUAUUAAGAAGCAAAAGAAAUAUGGACAAUGAUAUUAAUGUAGAUAACAAAUUGGAUAGGUUUAGAUAUACCAAUGUCAAUACAGCUGAUGAUUUGAUUGGGUAUAUAGCUGUGGGACAGGGAUAUGAGCAUUGUAUGGAAUUAUAUUUCAUUCAUAGUAAUGAGGUGGAAAUAGAAGUUAAAAUAGAGUCGAAAACCAAUUUUGUUAAAAUGCAAGGAUUUUAUAGGUCUAAUAACAUAACCAAGACUUUUGAAUGUAAUAUACUGAAAAGAGCUUUUUGGACAUUAUUUGUAAAAGGUAAUGAUUCAACAAUUUGGUCUGGAGAUGUCAAUAAUGAUGUGAUAAGCUCUGGGAAAAUAUUUUAUCCAGUAGAACAGGAUUAUUACCUUUUUCAAAGUUUUGUACAAAUAUUAAAUCCAAAACAUUUAAAAAUAAUUGGAGAUAAAAAGGGAGACAUUGUAAGAAAAUGGGAUUUUAGAGUAAUAAGAAAAUCUACUCAGUUACGAGUCAAAAUUAGCAUUACUGUGGUAGAUAUUAUUGUUCCAGAGAUAAAAGUUUCACCACAGUCUUUAAAAGUCAUUGAAGAUGAAGAUGGAUUGAAUUUGAUGUGUAGUACUCAAAUUUAUUUACCUCAAAGUUCAUUGUUAACUUGGAAAAGGAAUGGUGAUUUUUUGGGUAGUUUUUUCCACAGUACAACUAAUAUAAUUCACAAAGGAAUUUUUGGUAAUGUGAAUUGGAUCAAUGAUAAAUUUAUUUAUCAUCAAUCAGGUGUAUCUUUAAAUGAUACUGGUAUAUAUGAGUGUUGCAUAUUAAUAGAAGGCUAUCCCUUGAAAUGUGCUAAUGCAAGUAUAAUUGUCAUGUCCCCAGGGAAAACUCAAUGUGUUGGUAAAAACAGUGUUCUUGCUAAUCCCUUCCAGAUUAACCAUUUACAAUCCAGAGCUCUAUUGAGAGAGGGAACAUUCGUCAUUAUAUUGUGGAAUUUUAAUAUUUCAGAAUGGAACAUUUCUACAAGGUUUCCACAAUGUCAAAGACAUUUGGUUAAUAUGGAAUUGGGUAUUGAAAGAUGGUUUGGAAUCAAUAGUCAUAACAGAAAUAGACGUGGUAUUGUCGAAGGAGCCCUAGGGGGCAUAGGUAUAAUUGGCAGCAUUGCAAAUAGUAUGGAUAUUAACACGUUAAAAUCUGAUCUUGAGUCAGCAGGUUUAGUGGGAAGUAAAGGUUUUAAGAUCCAAAGAAACUUAAAUCAGAUAUUAGAAGAUAUGGUUAUUAAAACAGCCAAUGUAAUGGGUCCAUCCAUACUACAUCUUCAGAAUAUUACUCUCAAUUUAAUGACUAGUGAAGAACAUUCACAUAUUGCCAGAUUAUGUUUAGAAAUUCAAACAGAAUAUUCCACUAAUUUUAAAAUAAUUGCACAAGCUUUUCAGAGUGGAGUUACCCCUCUUGGUAUAUUGCAGAAUUUACCCAGAGAAUAUGCAUAUGCAAGAAAUCAUACUGAUUUAUGGGUAAAUAAAUGGUUAGGAUGUAGUCAGGAUGUAUGUUACAGUUCUUCUAUGAUUCCUAUAGCAGGGAGAGAACAAAUUUUGGUUCCAAUUACUGUUUUGGGAUUACCAAUUAGUGAUACUCAAUUAUUAUUUUAUAAAUUGCAGUAUACAGAUUUUGCGCUUAACAAGGAUAAUUUGGAAUUAGAACAAUUAGAUUUGUCAUCAUGUUUACAAUUUCAGUCUAAAGUUAUUUGUUUACCUAAUCAAGAUAAAAGGAUAUUUCAUUCUUGUUAUCAUAAUCAUACAUUAUGUUCUGCAAGAAUAGAAACAUUUGAAGCUUCUUCUGAAUUAACUACUCUUGUAGAUAAAAGGAAGGUUUGUUUUCAGAUCAUGAAAGAUACAGAAAGGGUUCAGACUUUCUUUUCCUCUUGCACAAACACAGAAAACCUAAAUCGGGGAUUGUAUUGUGUAGAAGGUGAUUUAAGGGCCAUAAAUGUAAAUGGUAUAAGAACUAAUUUAUCUCAUCUAUCAUUGAGAAAUGUUAGUGUUAGUCCGGCACUAUAUAAUUUGUCUCAAAUAGAUGAGUUUCCGUGGAGAGAAUGGGUUAACGUAAUUCAAAAGGAUCAAGGUUUAUUAAUGGCUCUAGCUAAAGAACUCAGGAAUGCAGAGAUAUCGUUUAAACAUGAGCAAGGGAAUUUGCAAGAGGUAGUUCAUCAAUGGUCCACUUUAGCAGGUUCCAGCUGGUGGCAUCAAUUUAAAAAUAGUAUAUCUAUUUGGGGAAAAACUUCAAUUACUUCCGCAGCAGGAAAUAUUUUAUCACAUCCUAUAGUUAUUAUUUUUAUUAUUAUUAUGUUAUGCAUUAUAUAUCAAUUAUUUUUAAUGUUUAGAAUGAAAAAACUGUAUAAGCAAAAUCAGAAAUGAAAUCAAGAAAGGUGAUGAUAUGUUGCAAAAUAAGCUUAAAAGGAGAUUAGGUUUUGGAGUUGCAAACUCGAUGACAGGUGACAAUGCAUUUGGAGUUAUUAGAUCAAAGUCAGAGUGUUUGUGACAUAAAUGUGUGUAUAAAUGAUUAGAAAUAU